AGCAUUAAAAGUGAAGCCUAACGACCAGGGAUCGAAACCGGUUUUUUGCAAAAACAUCGAAAUAACCAUAUAUUUCGGUUUAUUUUAUACUCUAAAUGUAGGACUCAGUUGUGUUUUCAGAUAACGACUUAGUAUUAUUAGAUUGCCUAAUUAGAAAUGAAGUAAUUAACAAAGUACGAAAAAAUACCGUUUUCGUUCCCAUACCAAAAAUACCGGUUUCCGAUCCCUGCUAACGACGCUAUUGUCACACGAUAACGAUAUCGCUAUCGAGCAUGACAUUUGAUAUCGCCAUUACACGUAAUAAAGGCGGAGACAGUUGCAGUGCCAAACAAAUCACUGUGCCGAUAAUUGGCUAGUUUAUCUAUAGGUGUCGACCCGAUUACACGCCGCACAAUGGCCGACGAAGUCAUGGAUUACGAAGAUGCACCAAAAAUCAACAUCGCUAGCGCCAUCGGCGAAAAACUACAGGAAUCCAUCAAAAACAUGGACGUAAUGUCAAUGCUCAAAAACAUGGUCGACCAAGUACCUCAGGACGAGGACGCUGAAGGCGUCCAAGAUAAACUAAAGGAUGUCAUAGAGAAAUAUAACGCUAUGACAGAUGAGGAAAGGGAAGAGUUUACUAGUAAAAUGAAGGAGGCAAUAGUGAGCAAGAUCUCGAUGAAAUUGCAGGAUCCUAAUGCUUUCGAUAUGAGCGGGAUUCAGGAGGCCAUUGAGGAGGCUGUUAGGUUUCAGCUGAUGUUGAUUGGUGGAGCUAUUAUUCUGUUCCUGAUACUUUUAGUAUUCUUCGGCUACAAACUCUACAAGUCCAUAAAAGACAAAGAAGUAAAAAGGGAAGAAAAGAAGAAAGCCAAGCAGAUGAAGAAGAAGAAAUGACCUACCGACCUGACCAUCGACAAACUGUACUCUACUUUUUAUCGUUAUAUCGCUAUGGAUAAAACUUGUCAUGUGAAGUAUGGGUAGCGGUAAGGAAAACACUGUGUAUGAAAAACUGUCCGUCAAAAAACCUAAAAUAGGUGGCGCUAUAAUAUCUAGAAUACUUUAUUAAAAAAAAAAAACAAUUCAUUGACAGCGCACUUCACUCCAUCAAUAAUUCAUUUCAUAUCCUAUAGCUACUCUAGCGCCACUCUGGAGAGAUUUGGAACCGUUACUUAUAGCUGAUAGCUGGACACCCCAUAAGAGUUUUCUCCUUACUUCUACCCUCUAUAAUUUUAUUACUGUAGAUAAUACUUGUCAUGUCAAAUAUUAUUUUGACAAAUGCGUAUCGUAUUUUAUUCUAAAGUCAAUUUUAUCGCGGUUAAGAAAUUACAUGACAAUUUUAUCAAUCUCGAUAAGCGAUAUAAACGUGACCUAUAUAGGCUCGCAUUUAUAAUUUAACAGUUUUUAUUUCUUAAGAAUAUUAUAUAUUUAAUUUCUG